AUGCAAUCAGAGCCUUCCAUCUCUUCUCAUAAUAUCCUAACCGUUCGAUCAAAACCCUAUCUGACUUAUCUCUUCGACUCUCCCGAGUUCCCUCAAACUCUCACUCUCUCUGUCUCUCGAAACACAAACGGCGCUCGGGCCUCUCCCUCAUCAUACAUCGAUCAAUCCAGUCAUCCGGUCCUCGUCCAGUCGUCCAGUCGUCCUCGUCGUCGUCCAGUCGUCCAGUCGUCCUCGUCGCUCCUUCUGCUCAUCCAGAUCCAGUCGUCCAGUCGUCCUCGUCCAGUCGUCCUCGUCGCUCCUUCUGCUCAUCCAGAUCCAGUCGUCCAGUCGUCCUCGUCCAGUCGUCCAGUCGUCCUCGUCGCUUCUUCUGCUCAUCCAGAUCCAGUCGUCGUCCAGUCGUCCUCGUCCAGUCGUCCAGUCGUCCUCGUCGCUCCUUCUGCUCAUCCAGAUCCAGUCGUCCAGUCGUCCUCGUCCAGUCGUCCUCGUCGCUCCUUCUGCUCAUCCAGAUCCAGUCGUCCUCGGCUCGAUUUUGUCAUUGUAGUUCCCUUGAUCAGUGGUUACAAGAAUAACAGAGGAGCUAUACUUCCAUUUUGUUUUUCUUUGUUUACUGGAGUUCCACUUGGUUAUAUUGGCUGUAGUGUUGGUUUUAUUGCAGGAGGGACUGGUCAGAUUGUCAGAGGAAUCUUCAUGUGUAGCAAUGCAUAUACUAAUCAGGAAAUCUUGACCUACUUUCGUGGAUCUGAGUCGCAGAAUUUGUAG